CAGCGCUGAAGCGGGGAAACUCCACGAGGACUCAGAAAACAGCUUCUUCACUUGUUCGUUGAACAGGAAGCGAAGAUGUCGGAACGGAAAGUUUUAAACAAAUACUACCCACCUGACUUUGACCCGUCGAAGAUCCCGAAGCUCAAGCUGCCCAAGGACCGGCAGUAUGUGGUGCGGCUGAUGGCCCCCUUCAACAUGAGGUGCAAGACAUGCGGAGAGUACAUCUACAAGGGGAAGAAGUUCAACGCUCGGAAGGAGACAGUUCAGAACGAGGCCUACCUGGGCCUGCCAAUCUUCCGAUUCUACAUCAAGUGCACGCGCUGCUUGGCCGAGAUCACCUUCAAGACAGACCCGGAGAACACGGACUACACCAUGGAGCACGGGGCCACGCGCAACUUCCAGGCCGAGAAGCUUCUGGAGGAGGAGGAGAAGCGCGUGCAGAAGGAGCGAGAGGAUGAGGAACUGAACAACCCCAUGAAGGUCCUAGAGAACCGUACAAAGGACUCCAAGCUGGAGAUGGAAGUGCUGGAAAACCUGCAGGAGCUGAAAGACCUGAACCAGCGGCAGGCGCACGUGGACUUCGAGGCCAUGCUGCUGCAACACCGCCUGUCUCAGGAGCAGUGGCAGCAGCAGCAGGAGGAGGAGGAUGAGCGUGAGACAGCGGCCUUGCUGGAGGAGGCUCGUCAGCGAAGGCUUCUAGAGGACUCUGACUCAGAGGAUGAGGCUCUGCCUUCCCGACCACAGGCAGCUGCAAGACCCAAGCCCACAGCCAUCCUCGAUGAGAGCCGGGUCACGGAGGCCAGAGAGCAACAGCUGUGUAUGGUCCCCAUAGGCACCAAAGACCAAGAGGAAGGCAGAGGCCCUGUGCAGCAAAGCACGGCUGGCAGGCUUGGUUGUACCAAAGAAGGUCAAGACGGAAGCCAACGGGGCCUCGGAGCAGGUCCGGGUGCCCUCCGCAGCGGGUGCUCCCCAGAGCAGGAAGGCGGCCAAGCCUGCACCCCAGACCCCUGGUGCUUCCUCCCUGAGCCAGCUGGGUGCCUAUGGGGACAGCGAGGACAGUGACAGCUGAGCUCAGCCAUGCCCACCGUGGCAUCAGAGACCCAAGAAAUGAGGAGGAGACGGGAUCAAGCGAACACCUUCAGCAAAGGCCUCGGGGCCAUUUCUGCAGUGGUCCUGGCAGGGUGUGGAGAAGCGAUGUCCCCAGGACCGCAGGACAGACAGCCUGGUCCACUCCUCCAGUCCUUGAGUUGUGUGGAGCCUGUUGGCCGGUCCCUUCCUGCCACAGAGCUGAACACGGUCUGACAUGGGACAGGGGGCAGGGACCCUGGGCACCAUCUCCCACCAUACAAAAAAAAACAAAACAAAACCCAAGAAGACUAGAAAAUCAACUGGAAAACAGACACAUGCGGCGGGAACCUGCCCGACUGCAGGGGGCUGCCAGGGCUGAAUACCCAGGACUCCUGCCACGCCCCGGGCCUGGCCCCACGGCACAUGCCCUUCACUCAGAAUUUGGGAUUACAUCAGUCAGUGUUCUGAUACUGUAAGAAAAUAAUGUUGCGGCUGAAUGUUUUAUGUAGAGUGCGGUGAGCCAGGCUCCGUGGGGGAGGCGAGGAGAAGCUGGCUCAUGUAGCCACGCUCUCUGCCUCAUCAGUGCUGGCCUGAGAGACUGAACCACCAAACCCAUCUGAAACCUGAAA